UUUUUAAUUAUAUUUAGUAUGUGGAGAAAUACUUUCAAGCUUCGUUCACAGUAUUCAAUUGGAUUGAAAUCAUUGAGAAGAAGUCUUGCUACCAAUACCCCAGAAAAUCAGUCUUAUUUUGGCAUUUUCCUGAAGACAUUCCCUCAUGGAGGACCUCCAAAGGAAUCUUUCAUAAUCAAUUUGAAGCAACUUCGUAAGGAAUAUAGAGUAUUACAAAGUGAACACCACCCCGAUGUCUCCAUCUCACAAGAUGACUUUUCAUCAAUUGUAAAUAAAGCGUACACCACUCUUAAAAACCCAUAUACUCGAGUGGCCUACAUUAUUGAAAAGAAUCACCCAGGCCAUUUGGAUAUAACCAAAGAUGAAGUGGCUAAAGAUCUUAUCAAACAAUUCCAAGGCAAGUCCACCGAGGUUGCUCUAGCAUACAAGACCAUGCUUAUGUCUGUACUUGAUGCACACGAAGCUCUUGAACUUGCUGAACUGGAAAAGGACUUGGAUGAGUUAUCAGUGGAAAAUGAUGAAAGAUUGGAGCAAAGUGAAACUAAGAUUAAUGAUUUAUUAGCAACCAAGGAAAUUCCAUGGGAUGACGUUGUUAUGGAGGCAAUCAAGAUCAAAUAUUGGGUCAACAUACAAAAUGGUAUAAAAGACUGGGAACAGGGGAAACCCGUUCAUUUGACCCACUAGUCUGUCAUUAUUAUGAACUCAUGAACCAUAUCAUUUACUUCUCACAUUUCACAUACAGCAAUUUUGGUCGUUAUCUUUCCCAAUUUCAGCUAUUCAUAAAGAUAUAAUGAUGUAUAUAUAUAAACAUAUUCAAAUUCUCAACUCAU